AUGGCUCAGGUAAACUGCACCCAGGUGACAGAGUUCAUUCUUCUGGGCCUCACAGAUCGCCAGGAGUUGAAGAUGCCCCUCUUUGUGGUGUUCUUAUCCAUCUAUCUUUUUACAGCAGCUGGAAACCUGGGACUGAUCCUGGUCAUUAGAACAGAUGCAAGACUCAACACACCCAUGUACUUUUUCCUCAGCAACCUGGCUUUUGUUGAUUUCUGCUACUCUUCUGUCAUUACUCCCAAGAUGCUUGGGAAUUUCUUAUACAAGCAAAAUGUGAUCUCCUUCAAUGCUUGUGCUGCUCAGUUAGGCUGCUUUCUCACAUUUGUGGUAUCAGAGUGCUUGCUACUGGCUUCCAUGGCAUAUGAUAGAUAUGCAGCCAUUUGUAACCCUCUACUCUAUAUGGUCACAAUGUCCCCCGGAAUCUGCCUUCACCUUGUAGCUGGCUUGCUCCUGAUGGCACUGAUUCACACUGUUCUAACCUUCCGCCUGUCCUAUUGCCACUCCAACGUCAUCCACCACUUCUACUGUGAUGACAUGCCCCUUCUCAGGCUGGCUUGCCCAGACACUCACUCCAAGCAGCUGUCUAUUUUGGCCUGUGCUGGACUCACACUCAUUUCUUCUGUUCUGAUUGUUUCUGUCUCCUACUUGUUUAUUAUUUCAGCCAUUCUAAGGAUGCACUCAGCUGAAGGAAGACGCAAGGCUUUUUCCACUUGCAGCUCUCACAUGAUGGCAGUGAGCAUGUUUUAUGGAACACUUAUCUUUAUGUACUUACAGCCAAGUUCUGACCACUCUCUUGAUACAGAUAAGAUGGCCUCUGUCUUCUACACAGUGAUCAUCCCCAUGCUGAACCCUUUGAUCUACAGCCUCAGGAACAAGGAUGUGAAAGAUGCCCUGAAGAAAGUUAUAGACAGUAGAAACCAGACUUGUACAUUUAGAGAACUAAGAAAAUGCUUUUAA